CUCGUCCUUCCCCCUUGUGCAGCAUCAUCACCUGUGUCGCCGUCACAGGACAACACACCCUUUACUGGUGCACCUGUGUCUCAGGUGUCAGGAAAGAGGGAGUUAAACACCGGAACGUUACAGCACCUGAAGGAGCCCAGCAACAAAACUAAAUCUGUGAAUUUCACCACAAAGCCCUUUCACCCCAUGAGAUUCAUCACAUCAUGAGAUCACGCGACCUAUUCCUCCUGGUUUACCUACUGGGGAGCGGCUUCGGGGCAUCAAGUGCACAACGAAAUGCAACCUGCGCUAAAAGAGAAAACUGUGGCCAGGUGCCAGAUUCGACUUCGCACUUCCUCCAUUGCGUGGGACUGCCAUCGACAGACACGGGGAGAGACCACAUGCAGAGGUUGAAGGCGAUGCUCGAAGCGACGAUGGAUGUGUACACCUUCAUGAGGUCCAGCAUGACAGGAGUGCCGCUUCUCAGCCUGCAGGGGGCGCUGCUAUUGAACCCCAGUGUAGACCCUCUCCAGAACGAAGACCUGGUCCACAUGUGGAUGGAGGUCAAGAUGAAACCGCUGCUGACAUCCAUCACCAAACACUUCCUGUCCUGCCUCAGCACCAAGAACUUCAGCUGCUCCACCUACCAGACCGUGGUAAGGGAGCUCAGCCACCAUUAUUCUGAGAUGAAUCCAGUCAGACAAAAGUGGAUCUACACUUUUUUUAUGUACCCCUUCCUGUCUGGAGACAGAGUAGCUGGUUGUGUGAGCCCAGAGGAGAGCAGUGAGGAGUGGUUGAUGAAGAAUUUCGGUGCCUUCAGAGCCAUGGCACGAAUGAAGGACUUUUCAACACUCAACAUGGUCUUCAGUGGAUUGGAGGUUCUUCACCUGCUGUCUCCAGAACAGAAGGCCGAGCUGCUGCUGAGGCCCGAGGUUGCAGGUUUAGACAACGGCACCCUGAGCCUGGUCUUCGACAGUCUGUUGACAGGGGGCUCCGGCCCUCACCCCACCGCCAGACCUGGAGAGGGCCACAACUGGACGGCCACGGGAUUCCCUCCUACCUAUUAUCCACAACCCACAUAUCACCCAUACCCACCACCGUCACCACACAACAGCCUCACGGAGGUUAUAAAUGGGUUCAUGAUGGCUUUCAGACCCAUUGGGAGCUUCGUUCAUGAUUUUGUGUCCUUCACACACGAGAGGGAGGUGUCAGAAAUACGGAGCACCACUCUGACCCAGUUCAUGCUCAACUGGACUCUGGCUGAGCUGGCAAACCUGUACCGGCCAGAGAACUCAUCUGUAGUUCCAGAGGGGCCAAAGUUUGAUGUGACGAAUGUGGAGGACUGGUACCAGCAGGUCGUGAUGCCACUGCUGCGGAGGUUGUUACCGAACAACGAGACUAUGGUGCAUCAAAACAUCAAACUGGCCUUCCACCGAGUGUUCUAUUUGGAUCUUGAUAUGGACAAUGAAACCUCUGAAAACCCGGAUGUCUGUAGCAUCACUCUUGAUAAGAGCCCUUGUGGACUGACGGAUGUAGUGGGAAACGUGGCCCAUGUGUUGCAUUGUGCCGCUCGCACCAACCUGACAAUGUCUGAGGUGACGAUCAUGAGACUGAUUGAAGAGCUGACAGAACGUCUGAACUCGCUGAUCCAAGAGCUGUCCACAGCGAACUUCAAUCAGUUGGCGUCGGACUUUCAGCAGAUCUUUGGCGAGCCGGACUCUCCGUCUCUGACCCAGGAGCACCUGAAGGACCCGAGCUUCAUCAAGCUCUGGUUCCAGAUCAAGCUGAUGCCCCUCCUGCCCAACAUACCCACAGGCCUCCUGUCCUGCCUCAGCACCAAGAACUUCUCCUGCCCGGUUUACCAAACCAUUGUGGCAGCACUCAGCAAACACAUGAGUUUCAUGGAUGCUGAUCCGAUGUACAGUCAUAACAUCUAUGAGCACUUCAUCUACUCCUUCCUGCUGCAUCACAACACCUCUGACCCCCAGUGUAUAUCUUCAGCCAAUCACAGCGCAGAAUGGCUGAAAAACAACUUUGGUUUCUUCUCAAGAUUCGCCUCCAUCACUGACUUCUACAAGCUGAACCCAAACUUCUCUGGACUGGAGGUCCUUCACCUCUUGUCUCCAAAACAGACAGCAGAGCUGCUGCUGUUGCCUCUUCCGACUCCGCCCGAGAAAGACGUCGUCAUCGACCAAGUGUUUCGCUUCCUGACGGAAACCCCUGAAGAAUUUAUGGAGGUGCUGCACUACCUGGUCCAGCUGGCCAAAGAGGUGGAGCCACCCUGCGGUGUCUACAAACACAUCUUUGCGAGAUUGUACGGAAUCAUACCGUCCCUGCCUCCAGACCUGGAACCUGCCACCUGGGCCGGCAUAGAUGACCUGAUAAACAUGGCGCCAGAGGAGUGUGUCCCCGAAAACAUCUCGUGUCCAGUAACCCAGUACAACAGCACUAACAUCUGCAGAGGAGUCAACAGCUCUGACUUGUACUCUCACCUGAGCAUGUCUACGGAAGUUUCCUGCAAUGUUACCUUGGAGACAUACGCGUGUGCACAGCUGGACAACUUCACAGCCAAUCAGCUGGUGUCGCUUAUGAAGUGCAAUCUGCCCGGAAACAGCAGCCACUCCAAAGCGCUGUGGAAGAUGCUGUUGACUAAGCUAUCCACUGUGUUGCGCCCAGCUCUGGACAUCUUGGCUAACACGUCCAUGGUUGGUCCAUCGGCGUCGGUGGUGUUGGAUGUGAUUGGAGAGCUCAGAGUGUUGAUGCUGACUGAUGAGCAGCUGAUGAACAGCAGCGUCAUCAGGAAGUGGUUCUCUGGACGUCUGAGCGUCUUCCUGCCAUUCGCAUCAGGAAGGUUUCUGAAUUGUCUGAGCCGCAGGAACCUCAGCUGUCACUCAUACCAGCAAAUACUGCAGGAAUUUAUCCACCAUUUUGACAACAUGACCUUAAAACAACAGCAUGUGGUCGUCAAGGAUUUCAUCCUCGGCUUCCUGUCACACUCAGGUCCAGACUGUGUGUCCCUCAGCAAUGGCAGCACAGAGUGGCUGAUGAAGAAUCUGGGUCCAUUUUCAAGGUUUUUGCCCCUCAAAGAGCUGCUUGAUCUCAACCCAGACUUCAACCCUCUCGAGGUCCUACGAUUCCUGACUCCGAAGCAGACUGCAGAGCUGCUGGUCUUGACUCUUCCGACUCUUCCAGACAAAGACAUCGUCAUAAAUAUGAUCUUUGAUCACCUGACCGAGUCUCUUGAUGAGAGGAAAUUCAGAGAGUUUUUGUCCGAGCUCGUUGUGGAGCUCCAGCAGGGAAACCUCUCCUGUUCAUCAUACAAAACACUGUUUGAAAGACUGGACUUGGUCAUGGCUACAGUUUCUCUGGAUCUAGCUUCAUCCAUCAUUCACAGCAAGAUGGUCUUAGCCAAGCAUAUACCACUAGGUUGCGUUAUAUACAGUGGAGAGUGCAAUGUUACCAUGGCAAAUGAAACAGACAUUUGUGCUGGAGUGAACAGCACAAUGCUGCAGCUCCACCUGAACAGCGGACAGAUGAAUGGACGCGUCUGUGACUUUGCUGUUGAGGAAUUCGCUUGUGCCUCGCUGUCAGCAUUGAAAGCAGAGGAUCUGGCCGCCAUGUUGGCGUGUAAUCGCUCCUCCAACUCCAGCAGCUCCAGACCCACCUGGAAGCUUCUCCUCUCCAAAGCCUCACACGUGCUGAACGAAGCUCUGGACCUUCUGACCAACAGGACUCUGGACCCCAGAAAUCCUGCAGUGUCAAUGGUGUUGGACGCUAUUCGAGAAAUCAGGUUGGACAUGUUCGGCAUCGCCAGCAUCAAUAAUCCCGCUCUCAUCCAGCUGUGGUUCAACCACCGGCUGCGUCCAUUCCUGCCCGCUGUUUCCCCCGACUUCCUGUCAUGUCUCACCACGAAGGGAUUGAACUGCACCACCUACCAGCACAUCGUGCAGAUCCUGAGUCGCCUCCAGCCACACAUGACAAUGUCCAGGCAGAUGUCUGUCUACACACACUUCAUUAAGGUUUUCCUGACCAGGAAUAACACUGCAGACCCCAGCUGCAGCUCACACACUAACAACAGUGGCGAAUGGCUGCAGAGGAACCUGGGAGGAUUCUCUGUCCUCGUGUCCAUCCAGGACCUGCGGAUGCUCUACCGAAACUUCUCAGCGAUGGAAGCGUUAACACAGCUGACGGUCAGGCAGCUAGCAGAGGUGUCAGCCACGCCUGGCCAGCUCACCUCUUCUGCCAUGGUUGCCAUGGUGAUGAAACACGUCCCCAGCCGAGCCCUCCCUGCUUUCUUUGAUUUCUUCUCACCUGUUAUCAUGGCUCAUCAGAACAUGUUCCCCGCGGUGGUGAGGUCAGCCAUGUUGCAAGUUGUGUUCGAUCGUGCGAACCUCUCCGAUCACUCGGUGGGAGAUUCAGUCGUGUCGCUGUGGCUCCACAACCGACUGCGCCCCCUGCUGGUCAACCUGUCACCGCUCCAUGUUGCGCCAUUCUUCAGCAUACUGGCAGGAAGAAACUGCAGUAUCGAGCAGCAGGGAGUCGAAGACCUGAAUGCGACAAUCUCCUCGCUCAGUGAAGUCACACAGAAAGAAAUCCACAAUCACAUCGUUCAGAGUCUCAAAGGGUCGAUCCCUCUCCACUGCUACGGCAGCAACUACAACCACAGCUUCUACGCUUUCUUGGAGCGCUCAUUCUUGGGAUUCCAGUUCCCCAACCUGACCACCUUCCUGUCCCUAAUGCCUCACGACAGGAUGCAUCAGCUGGUGAACUCUCUGCCUCCGUCAGAUCUUGGGGAUUUUCUCCGUCGCCCUGACGUUGUGGACAACGAUGCAGAGCUCUGUGCCAUCUACAACAACUACGUCCAGACACCAGUUUUCCUGGAGACUGAGUCGCUCCCGGUGGAGGUGCGGCGGCCCACGCUGCCUUGCGUCUGGCCUGUGGCUCUCAGCAGCUCCAACAGGUCAGACGUCAACGCUUGGUUUGACCAGCGCCUCCCCAGCUACUUGGCCUUCCUCACUAAGAAACUGAUCGGCCCCAGUAGCACACACAACGCCUCCUGCCUGGCCUUCCAAAAGCUUGUUUCAGUUCUUGGAGAAUACAACUACACUGCUGCAGACUUCAUGAGGCCAGAUGUGUUCAACACCAUCAGGGCGUACCUCACCUCAGCGACGGCGCCCAGGUGUUACAACCCCAGUGAUCCAGAGCUCAACUCGACAGCCUGGUUCGCUGAGUACAUCGGCCCUUUCAUGCCUUUCCUGACUCUGGAGGAUCUUCAGGCGUUUGGAUCUGCACAGGUUAUUAAGGUGUUCACAGUGAACCCUUUGAACAUCGCCCUCCUCAACCACUCCGCCUUACCUCUCAACCUCACCGACUACUACACUGAGCUCGUUUAUCUACAGGACAGCAACUUCAACCCCUUACUUCUUCCUCUGUUGUGUCGGUGUGUCGCUCCUGGUCCAGCAUUCAGCCAACUGACUGCAGAAGAAAGUAUGAUAGUUCUGUAUAACCUGACCACUCUCUGUGCAGCCCUGGACCCACAGGUUUCUGCAGCUUUGGCGGGUAACCUUGGAGACAACAUUGAUGCCACAGCCAUUGCUGCCCUCGGCAACGAAAGCACCGGCAUGUCCACUGGUCAGAUCAUGAUGAUAAAGCCUCAGGACCUGCUUGCUGCCCUCAGCACUCUGAGCAGUGUGAUGGGCUGGAGAGAAGGUCAAGCCAAGGCCAUCAUCCUGUCUCUGAUGUCCUCAGGGAUGUUGCAGAUCAACAACACGUCGUCGUUGUUCAUGCUGGGCUCUCUUGUUGUGGGAAUACCUGCGAGGACAUUCAGCAACAUCAAUGGCUCCCAGCUGCUUGUUGCAUCUAAAAAUCCUUCGUUUCUAACACACUUGAUGUCGGCUCCACUGGUCGUCCAGCAGACCAUUGUUUCUCAGAUCGUAUCAGUGAACAGCAACAGUGAGAUGAUCGUACAGAACGUUCCAGAUGAAUUAGCCGCUGAGAUCCCUCGUGCUCUGCUGCUGGCCUUCUCCAACAUCGACAGCCUCGCCGGCACGAUCAACAAGAAGAAAUGGAAACGGCAGCAGGUUGAGUUGUUCUUUAAUGCCGUAGCAGUGGAAAGUGCAACUGCAGCUCUGGGAGGUGUAAAUAAUUUGUCAUCCUCAGUGCUGCAAGGGUUCACGUGCACCGGAGUGAGCACCUUGUCAAAGGUGCAGAUCAAGAGGCUGAUCAAAGCGUGUCGGAGAGUCGGCAAGGAGAAGGUCACUCUGGUGGAGACUCAGUUGACCUGUAUGUAUAACAACAUUAAAGGAGACUCAGACGUCACCAGCUUCGACCUCUAUCCUCCUGAUGUGCUGCUGUACUAUGAUUACUCCCUGGUGCCACAGAGCAGCUGCAGGUCCUACUUUGAACAGCUGGCGGAUGCAGAUUUCUCCGUUGUCUCCUCCGCCCUCAGCUACAAACUGACCACUCUGUUUGCUAAUGCCAGGAGCUGCCUGGGUAUAACAAACACGACUUUGACUAAAGAUAAUAUAUCAGUGCUGGGAAACAUGAUCUGCACUCUGGACGAGUCUUACAUCAAGAACUCUGACCCGUCCAUCCUGGAAAAGCUCAAGAACUGCCCGGACCUCACCGACGCUCAAGCGGCCGCUGCUCAAGCUCUGCUGCUGAGCGGGAAAACACAGUACGGAGCUCCAUCAACGUGGACUGAACAGACUCUGAUGGACCUCGGGAUGUUGCCGCUGUAUUUGACUUCAACCUUCUAUGAUAACUUUGACAAAGAAACGAAGCGGAGCUUCCUGAAGUACUUCCUGGAGGUUUUGAGUAGCAACGAGGUGGACAAACGGAAGCAGAGGAGGCUGAAGGAAGAAAUAAGAAGCUCCAUCAAAAAGAAGUCAAAGCGAUCUACAGUUAACGAGUGCACUGUGGGAGAGAUCACCCAGGUGACCAUCAGCGAUGAGACGUUCCCCUUCGACUAUGACGACAUAACCCAGUUCAACUGCUGCCUCAGUGCCACCACCGUCAAAGACAACCUGGACGCCAUCACUGCGAAGGUGGACCAGGAGGAAUACCUCGCCAUUGUUCUCAGCAAACUGAGAGAGGCUUACGCCGCCACCUCCAUUAUUCCAGAGAGUCAGGUUCAGCUCUUGGGCCCGGCGUCCCGUGUGGCCACCACUGCUGACAUCAACAUGUGGAGCAUCACUGUGAUCGACACGCUCUCGGCUCUGAUGGACUCGUCUAACGGGCCGUGGGACCCGACGCUGGCCAAGGCCGUCAUCUCUAAGUAUCUGAGUAAGGAUGGGAACAAACUGGGCAGCGCUGAGCUCAACGUCAUCGGGGGAGCCAACCUGUGCUCCCUGGAGGCCAACGUUUUGCAGAGCAUUUCCCAACAAAGCCUCAAAAACGCAGACGCCUUGACCGUGUCCAACUGCACCUUAGAGAAAAAGAAAGUGCUGUUCACCAUCGCCAGGCAGGCGUUUGCCACAACCACGCGAUCGGGAACUGUCUCCACUUCCUCCUACCAGCUCUCAAAAUCUUAUAUCGGCGGUGCUGAUUUAGCCUACGUCAAAAGUUUGUCCACCUCCGAUAUCAACAUGGACUUGGAGACCUUCACCAGUCUGGAUGAGAGUGUCGCACUGGGCCUGAACGUUAAUGAAGUUCGAGGUCUUCUUGGCAACAACCUGGCCAACCUGAAGGCCUAUGAAAACCAAACACUGGUACGAAGCUGGAUCAGCAUGCAGCCCCAAUCUCAGCUCGACACGCUUGGACUGGAGCUUACGGGAGGCAGGGCUGACCCGACCACCAGCUUGCCUGCUUCCACCGCCAGCUCCUCAUCAGCUACAGGAUCAACCACAGGUAACAACGGUGGUCGCAUCCGAGCAGACGCUGGCUUCACCUUCGUUGUUUUCCUCGUGCUCCUCAUCACUUCUCAGCACAUUCUUGUAUGAUUCAACACAUGACUGAUGACUGUAACUGAUAAACAUAUAUUCCCUAAUAAUCCUCUUAUUUAAAUAGAUGAUGCAAACAGGCAGAGUUACCUCAAACCACAUGUGACAUAUAAUUGCAUUUGCAACAUAACUAACUGUUUUGCUUACUAUGAAGAACAUGUCAUCUUUAAUAACAAUAUAGUAGAUGUGAAUAAUACAUUCUUGAUUCAUUGGUCCCUCAGUUGCGAGCAUGUGCACUCUGAGACCUUUUCACAUACAACUUGUAUGCUCGUACAUUAUAUUUACUUUGUUUUGUUCUGGUGGUUAAGUGGUUUUAAUUGUAAAAAUGAAAGCGGAAAAUGAAGGUGAUAAUUUCUUGCUGCUUUUGUGUUGAUCUAUUCCUAUGUAUCCAUUUUUGAAAUUGCACUUACUUAAGGCAGGAUUACCUUGAAACUCGCCACACCUGGAGCCGUAUGAAAUUAAUAUUCAAUGCACGUUGUGUGUAUUUGCACAAUAAUCAGACUACAUGACUUGGUCACAGUUUAUUAAUAUUUAAGGGUUGGACAGAGGGUUACAUCGUUUCAGUAACACAUGAAUAUGUGAGUAAGUUUGAGCUGUAAGUAAGUGACCUCCCUCUGUUUCUCUAGUCUUACUUGGUAAAACUGUUAAGGCGGCAACCAACAGCUGAAUAAGAGGCAUGUGUAGCCAUAUAACAGUGUGAGAGCCAGCCUUUGUUACUGUCGGAUUCAGUAUAAUUACAUUUUCUGAAUUCAACAGUGGUUCACUCAGGAGAAAAAUGCUGUGUGUAGUGUGGUGUACUGAUGGAUGUGUUGCAAGUUUAACCCUAAGAAGGACACCACAUCAGUUUUAAUACUCCCUAAUUAUUUUCAUUAUCUGUACAUUUUCUUGAUUAAUCAAACAUUUUGUCUAUAAAAAGUCAGAAUAUAGUAAAAAAUGGCCUGUGUAAUUUCACAGAUUCCAAGGUGACGUCUCCAAAUGUCACGUUUUGUCUGACAAUCAGUCCAAAAAUGCAAAGCUUAUUUGUUCACUAUCAUGUAUGAAAUAGAAAAGCACAUGUAAGAAGCAUGAAACCAGCAAAUGUUUGGCUGCUUUGUUAGAAAAACAGUUAACUUUAGCAUUAAGUUUCUGUCAUUCGACUAAUCAAUAAAUCGACCAAUCAUUGCCGCACUAAUAUCAGUUAUAAGCGUUUGUAGACACCGAGUACAGUCUUGCAGGUGGGACAGGUGUGCUUUGCAUCUCUCAGCCGGUCCACACAGAAUGGGAUGAGACAGCAACCUAAAACAAAGCUGAGAGGACAGCAGCUAGUGUCAUGAUCCCUAUUCAUAAAGUAUAUUGUAUAUGUAUUUAGUUAUCUUUCAAAAUAAAGGAUGGGUUGUAUUUUCAUGCA